AGGGAAUGGUAGAUUAAAGGAAGGGGAGGAGGAACAAUGAGAGGAGGCGGGGGAGCUGAAACUGGCAACCCUGCCCCAAAUGCCAAAGUCCCAUUUUGUCAUUGGGUGGCUGUGACAGAGAGAGUGAGCCAAGAGAGACAGAGCAGAGAAAUAUGCUGAUUGGAUGUCACUGAUUGUGUAAAAGACUAAAGCGACUUGUGAAGUUUCUUAGUUGUCAUGGACCCUUGGGGGUUGCUGGAUCCACUCCACUGAUUCUCAGAAUUGGACUGAGGACACAGGAAGAAAUAACAAAAAACGAAAUAAGCACAUGUGACGAGAACUUACCAAGGACAACAAGGCUUUUAUAAGCACAAUACAGAGACGGAGGAGACUCGAGUGCCUCAGAGCCUCCAACAAAGCAACAGGAAGACUAAUCAUCCAUCCAUCAUCUACGAGAAAAAUAAGAAACAUGAAGAGACCGCACGAGUACAGCUCCCCGGACUCCGACACUGACGAGUUCAUUGAUGUGGGACAAGAAGACAGCUACUGCCCAGUCACCGGGUCCAUGUCUCCGGGCAGCGCCUCACAGAUUCUGGCACGGAAGAAGCGAAGGGGGAUCAUAGAGAAGAGACGCAGAGACCGGAUCAACCACAGCCUGUCAGAGCUCCGAAGGCUGGUGCCCAGUGCUUUUGAGAAGCAGGGUUCUUCUAAACUGGAGAAAGCUGAGAUCCUGCAGAUGACUGUGGACCAUCUCAAACUGCUGCAUGCCAUGGGAGGAAAAGGUUACUUUGACGCCAGAGCUCUUGCAGUGGACUACCGGAUCUUGGGUUUCAGGGAGUGUGUUGGAGAGGUGGUCCGGUACCUCAGCUCACAGGAGGGGGAAUCUCCAGACCCCGUUGGUGCUCGCCUCGUCUCCCACCUCUCCCACUGUGCAAGUGAGCUAGACCCCGUCCUCUUACAGUCUCCCCCUUCCUCACUGCCCUUCCCUCCCUGGCCAUGGGCCUCCAUCCCUCAGAUAGCCCCCUCAUCACCAGCCCCUGCCUCUUUCCCUACCAGGGAUCUUGCCCUGCUAGGGAGCUUCCCAUCACCUGCAUCCCUUCGACUCGCUCCGCUGACUGGCUGCCAGCAGGGUGCGCCACCGCUCCUUGCACCAACAGCUUUGGCCUCCGUCCACAGGAUUGGAUCCUCCCUCACAGCAUCUCCAGCCCUGGCCUCCUCCAGACCAAGCCAGCCCUCCCCCCACAGCACCACUCCUUCACCACUACCUCUCUCUUCUCUUCCUUCUUCUACCUCCUCCUGUAUUUCAUCAUCUUCUGCCACCCCAAAAAUCUCUUUCCGUCCCUUUGCGCCUCUUGGGUCUCCCACGUCAAAGCACAGAGGCUCAAAUGGAUCAGCCAAGGCAGCCUUGGGAUGGACGACUGAGAUCGGAGCUUUUUGAGAGUCAACAGAAAGAAAAGACUGUACAGCGAACAUGGACCGCACGUAGUCUCUUUUGGGGGACUCUAAAAGCCAUAUCAGAAGAUGAAUGAAGUUUUAGUGUCUCACAAUCAUUAAUGAUGGAAUAAUGAAUGAAUGUGAAGAAAUAGAUUAGAUUUAUUCUUGCCUGCAUUCAGUAGUCAUUUAUGCUCACCAGAGUGUUGUUCACUGAUAUUUGAGCUGUGAUAUUUCUUUUUUUUUUCAUUCAUAUGUUUGAUGACAUUAUUUUUCUUUUUGUUUGACAAAACCUCUAUAAAGAUAAGUGCCUUCACGUUU